UCGAAGUUUGUGUAAAUGUCAAUGGCGGAGACUUUGACCAAAGUUUUUGUUUUGAAAUUGUCGUAGUUGAUUCGAAAGUGACAUGUGUUGAGCGGCGGGGAUUCACUAUCUUUUAACGGUAGCAAAUGAUCACCGCUGCCAUAUGAGUCGAUCAUGGACGCCUGUAAGGGGCAUGCCUUGCUGCUGGAGCAGCGGCAAGGGAGAGCGGAUUCCAAACAGUCGCUGAGUGAUCAGAUGGAGUUCAAUCUGCUGCUCAGAUUACAGGUGGAAGACUUGCAGAAGAGACUGGACGAGAAGGACAACAAACUCACACAUGCACAAGAGACUAUCUCAGCUCUGAGGAAUGAGGUGAGGACACUACAGGAGCAGCUGGCUUUCGAGAAAAGGAAGCACCAGAAACCACAAUCUUUAAAAUCCCGCCAUGUCCGGGCCAAAAUUGAAGCCAAGACCAUGGUAUGCAGAGACUCACCAUCUGCAGACCUGUCCUGUAGAACAAGGGUCAGUCCCACAGACCCAUCCUGCAAUGACAUCACAGAGGGGUUGGCAAGGAGUCCGAAUGUUUUGCCACACAUCCUACCAAUCAUGUCGGAGAACUGGCCCCUGUCUUGGCGUGCAAGAAGCAAUGACGUGUGUGUCGACCAGCCCUUCGUUUUACUUUCCCGCGUCCUGGAUCCCACCCUCACCCAGUCCUCAAGCUUGGGCAGGAACAGAGCAAGGCCAUCACUACAACGCUCAGUGAAGACCCUGUCAGUGAGCCUAGAAGACUGCAGACGCAAACUCGGACCAGAUGGAGUCUUCAAAGUACUAGACAGGAAAGAUGUGGCGGAAGAGGAGGAAGCCGAGGGACUCCAUGACGGCAGUCAUCAUACACAUAAAAACGAAGACCUCUUCUCUGGCUUGAAAGAUUCUUUACCGGUCGAACACAAGGAAGACUGGAUGAAUGCACCUUAUUGUUGCAGUCAGUGUAGCAGGAGGUUUUCCAAACCAAUUCUCCUCAAUUUGCACCUGAGGAUGCAUGCCAUCUCCCAGACUAAAUGUUCUGUUGACUCUGAGCAGCCGUCCCACAGCAAGGGAAAGACCACUGAACAGUCCUACUCCUGCAAUCUAUGCACCAAGACCUUUGCUCAAUUAAACCAUCUUAAACUGCACCAACGAACACAUAGAUCGCGCAUUGAGUCUCAACCGCAUGUUGAAGACGGACAACGGACUCUCCAAAAAGUGUCAUAUGUCUGUGAUCAAUGCAGUGAGACCUUCUCUCGGAUAAACUACCUUACUCUGCACAAGAGAAGGCAUAAAACGUCUUUGGAAUCCUCAACUCCCAUCAAAGAUGCUAAGAAGUUAAACAGAGAAAUAUCCCAUGCCUGCGAUCAAUGCAAUAAGAGGUUUUCUCAGGUAAACUACCUCAGGCUGCACCAGAGAAUGCAUAGAAAGCCUCCUGAGUCUCCGGUUCACAGUAAAGAUGUGACGACAAUGUCCACCUUGAAAAUGACCUAUCCCUGCGAUCAAUGCAAUAAGACGUUUUCUCAGGUAAACUACCUCAGGCUGCACCAGAGAAUGCAUAGAAAGCCUCCUGAGUCUCCGGUUCACAGUAAAGAUGUGACGACAAUGUCCACUUUGACAAUGACCUAUCCCUGCGAUCAAUGCAAUAAGAGGUUUUCUCAGGUAAACUACCUUAAGCUGCACCAGAGAAUGCAUAGAGGGCCUCCUGAAUCUCCGGUUCACAUUAAAGAUGUGACGACAAUGUCCACUUUGAAAAUGACCUAUCCGUGCCAUCAAUGCGACAAGACUUUUUCACGGAUCAACUACCUUCGACUGCACCAGAAAGUGCAUGUUAAGAUUUUAUCAUUCCAGACUCCCUGUUCAGACGAGGGACAAGCACGAGAGAGGAAGAAGGCGCCCGACAACGCGCCUCCACGAUGCGGAGCGUGCGGGAAGGUCUUCUCAAGUCGGGCCUCUCUUCAGGUUCACCAGAGGGUACACGCCAACGAAAAGCCGCACGCCUGCGCCGCUUGCGACCGGACUUUCGGCGCGUCCAGUGGCCUCCGCACGCACCGGAGGAAAAGACACAAGGGUCCGUCCGGCGCGCGUGGCGGGAGCUUCCCGCGUCGCUCUCGGGAAAAGCCCUCCGCUCGCACGCCCUGCCCGGCGACGACGCGGAGGGGCCGACUGCUGGGGAAGCUCCAGGAGCACCUGAGGCGGCGCCCGACGGGGUUCGCGAGCGCGCCGGAGGACAGGGGCGACGAGCAGAGCCACGCGGCGACGGAGAGGCCCUUCGCUUGCCCGAGCUGCGGUCAGACGUUCGGUCUGCUCGCCGAGCUCCUGCAGCACGCGAGGGUGACGCACGCACGGGAGCAGCAACGGUCGCUUCGGCUCGGAAGCGCAGGAAGAGGCGGCGGCAACGACGACGACGACGACGCACGGGAGGAAAGAAGCCACGGAGCGGAAUUCGGCGCUCAGACUUCAGACGUGUCCGCCGUCUCUUGUGCGAUCCAGCAGCAGCGAGGCUGCCAGAGGUUUACAGGUAGUCCGGGUAAACUCCAAAGUAUAUGAGCGGACAGGACAGGACAGGGGUGUGGAGCGUUUUCUUUCACCCAGUGCUUUGUCGAGGCUUAGGAGAGAUACAGUGACCACCUCACCAUCUCUGGCAACAGUUGCAGCUCCAAAGCCAGAUGACCUCCGCGUUAGAAACAGGCUACGCGCCUGUUUCUAAGUUAGUUAGUUCGUUUGUUUGUUUGUUUGUUAGUAGCAUGCAUUUAAUGCACUACAGUAAGACAUGCACAAUGCACUACAGUAAGACACAGCUCCUAAGAUGCGAUGCUAUGCUAUGGCAAAUGUUUGGAAUUUGUGAUGAGGUGUAUAUUUCUGAGAAUUUUUGUACUGUUUUAAGUGUAAUUCUGAAUUAUUUUCCCCCCCUUUUGCACUACAAUUUUAAAUGGUCAACGAAUCUGCGAAGGUACUACAGAAGUAUUUUAUUGUUAUUAUUAUUGUUAUUGUUGAGAGCAUUACUAAAAAGGAACUGUGCAGUGUAUAUUGUGCUUGGACGUUCAGAGAGGAAAAAAAUAAACACACAGUUUGUUCAGACAGAG